CGGGGAGCCUUCAGCGGGCUGAAGACCUGCUGGUGGAGCUGAAGUCCUCCUGGUGGAGCAGUCUUGUGUCUCGUUAGCGGGGGAUCUGGAAAACAAAGGGAGCCAUUAAUGCCAUUUGGACAUUGUAACAGGUGGAUAACAAGAUCCUUCCGAAUUAAGGUGUUAUGAGAGCGCUGGUCAUGGCCAGAUGAUGGACGUGGAGACGUCUUACUCAGACUUCAUCACCUGCGAUCGCACCGGCCGCAGGAACGCCGUGCCUGACAUCGCAGGGGAGGGCGGGGCUGCAGCCGGCAGCACUAGCGAACUGACCAAAGACAUGGCCCACAUGGACCUAAAGAACCCCGAAGGCGCCGUGGGGCCCCCCCCUGCACCACAGGGAGAAGGCUCCCCCAGCCAGGAGGCCCAAGAACCCACGGGGCCCACCUGAGGCCCUCCAUGGCUGUCGGGAGGGGGCGCAGAGAAGGAGAGGGACAUGGCACGACCCAAGGACAGAGACUCUUUACUACUCACCGUCCACCGGCUUGUGCAGUGUGUGUGUGUGUGUGUGUGUGUGUGUGUGUGUGUGUGUGUGUGUGUGUGUGUGUGUGUGUGUGUGUGUGUGUGUGUGUGUGUGUGUGUGUGUGUGUGUGUGUGUGUGUGUGUGUGUGUGUGGAGAGACACUUGCCAGGUAUUUUUGACUCCUGCAGUGAGGUUAUAACGUGGAUGGCCGUUUAGGAGAAAGCACAGGAACUUAUCAGACUUUAAGACCUGUGUGUGUGUGUGCCCAGAGUGAUAUUUAUGACAACACUUUAAAAGGUCCCAGCAGCCUCUGUGGAUCAUGAACGUCAUAACCUCCAUCAUAUUAUUACUCAAUGUUGUUUUAGUUAAAUUGUGUUCUUGUACAAUUGUAAUCAUUUUUCUCUCAGUAAGCAUAACACUUAACAUUGUACUGUACCAUACCACGUUCAUAUUUAUUGCAAGAUGUUCAGCGAUAUCUUUGUAAUAGGAUUUUUCUUUGUCAAAUAAAAUAAAAAACCCAAAUGUAUAAUGUGAAGGUCAUACUUGAUAUUUUCUAAAACCUCUUCAUUUUUACACAAUGGAGAAUUUGCAUAGUACCUUGAGCGGUAUGAACAUGUGAAACCUUAAUAAGUAAAGCAGCAUUAAUGGAUGUAUGAGCCAUGUUUCCUCACUGUUAUUGAAUCAGCUUGGUUUACACAGGAACAGGAAGCUGCUGUUUACAUUUCCUGUCUGGAAUGAGCAGGUAACCAUUUUAGUUGAAUCCUAUGAGGUAAAGAAAGGAUUGUGUUUAGGAACUCUGUGUUCCCCUUCCUAACUUGGUCAAAGUUAAACAACUCGGAAUCUAGUUUGGCCUUGCAUAAUAUAAGGACGAUGUUCAUUUCUUUAAUGACUUUAAGUAUGACUUCCUGAAAAUCUUAAAGAGCAACAAUAUUUUACAAGAAUCCAUAUUUUAUUGGAGCCUUUACAUAAUGUGAGAAUAGUAAACAAGUGCUUUUCUUCCAUCAGUCAGUGUAAUACAAAUUAAGAUUUGAUAUAGAAGAUACUUUAAAAGAACAGUUUUGUUUAACUGGAGUCUUCCUGAAAUGCAUGUCCGCCAUUAAGUAACAUCAACACUUAGUGCGACAUCUACAGUUGAGAAGUAGGAUAACAUUACCCAUUAGCUAGUUUUACCUGAGAAAUGUGGCUAUUUUUAUAGCAUUCAAUGUUAUCCCAUAGGCACAUAAUUAGUUAUUUAUAUUAACAGAAAAUGCAGUGAUUUAUUACAAGAAUGAAGAAAAGAGGCUUGCAUUAAAAUUGAGUUUUAGCUGUAAAAAUAUGAUCCAACACUGCUGCACAGCACCCUGCCGGUGGCAUGUAUUAAUAAUUAUGAACUAUUCUUCGAGUCCAUUCAUCUAGAGAGUCAGGUGGAGAUGGGCUCACAGAUCUGACUGGUGCACAACCAGUCAAUUGAUUUCCGAUGACUCCAUCAUACACACGCUGCUUCAGAAGCCGGUGGACUUCUGCAUGCCGUAGGCCUCGUAGAGUUUGGUGAGCAGCGCCUUCUUCUCCUCCUCGGGUAAGAAGCACGACUCAGCUGCACAGAUAUUCUAUAACCACAAGUAAGCAAAGCAGCAGUCGGAUAUAGGUUGGUUUUCGUUCUGAUCAUCUCUAACGUCUAAAGAGCAACCUGCCAGGUUGGCAUGUCUGCUUAAUGUGGGGAAAUGGAUGGAGCUCAUUACUCAUUACAUUACUUAUUAACAUUGAGGGCAUUUAGCAGACGCUUUUACCCAAAGCCACUUACAAUAAGGACAUUAAGUACCUCACCCUAACUCUUAACAACAAUAUAUCACUGUUUGUACAGUAAGGAUGUUCAUAGAACAAGUGCCAAGAGAUAAAAAUCGCUAUGUUAACUCAUUCUCUGUUUACAACAAAGAUAGCUAGGACAAGAUGCUACACAACUAAGUACUAUUUUGAAGUGCCAGGACGUACAACAUACAAUAAGCGUAUGGGAGGGGGUGGCUAUGCAGAGUCUCGGUGACCUCUGACUUAAAAUGAGAGCGGGCCUUGUGUUUGUAGUGCGAUGCGCAGACGUAGACCCUUCACCUCAGCAUCAUGAACUUGAAGGCUUAAGGCUCUGCGGCUUUGAUGUUGAGCUUUUACUUUCUAGAGGAGCUUGUCUCCACAAGUCAAUUUACGCACAAGUUGGU